GUCAUGUUGGCACGAGUGACUGCAUGCCACAUUUUUGACUUACAUUAUUUUUGCUUGUGAAUUCAUAAAAUUUGCUAGUUUAACUGCAUUUUUUGCACAAUUUUACCGAACGACCAAGUAAAAUGCCGCCGAAAAAAACGAAUUCCGGUGCCAGCAAAAAGGUUGAGCAAAAGAAAAAGGAAAAAGUCAUCGAGGAUAAGACUUUUGGCUUGAAGAACAAGAAGGGCGCCAAAACACAGAAAUUCAUUGCACAAGUGGAGAAACAAGUGAAAAGUGGUGGCCUGCAUCCGGUUACUAACGUCAAUGCAAAGAAGGAGGAAAAGGAGAAAAAACUGAAGGAGCAGAAAGAGUUGCUUGCCCUCUUCAGGCCCGUUCAAACUCAAAAAGUCGAGAAAGGCACCGAUCCGAAGUCGGUUGUCUGUGCAUUCUUCAAAGCCGGCCAAUGUGGAAAGGGUGACAAGUGUAAAUUCUCUCACGAUCUUACUGUCGAACGAAAGGUUGAGAAACGAUCGCUCUAUGUUGACAUGCGGGAUGAGGAUGGUGAUACGAUGGAGAAUUGGAAUGAUGAGAAAUUGCAGCAGGUCGUCAACACUAAACACGGAACGGAAAAGCGAAUGCCGACGACCGAUAUUAUUUGCAAAUUCUUCUUGGAAGCGGUUGAAAAGUCCAAAUAUGGUUGGUUCUGGGAGUGUCCGAAUGGCGAGAAAUGUAUUUACCGUCAUGCUCUGCCGCAGGGCUAUGUUCUUAAGCGAGACAAAAAGAAACUGGAGGACAAAGGCCCGGAAAUAUCACUUGUGGAUCUAAUUGAACGUGAACGAAAUGCUUUGGGGUCGACUGUGACCAAAGUCACUUUGGAAUCAUUCUUGUCGUGGAAGAAGAGGAAAAUCCAAGAGAAAAAGGACAGACUAGCCAAAGAGGAGGAUCAGAAGAAGAAAGACUACAAAUCUGGCAAACAAUUCGGUCUAUCUGGAAAGGAAAUGUUCAGUUUUAAUCCUGAUCUGGCUGACGACGGUCCAAUGGAAGAGGGCGAUGCCGUCUUUGAUAGCUACGAUAGGGAAGAAGAGGACGACGGUGCUUUCGAAUACAAGGAGUUGGACUUAUCAGACAUUGCAAUGGCAGCCCAGGAGGUCGAUGGUACUGGUACUGUUGCGCUCGAUGACCGUUUACAAGGGAACGCCGAAGUAGAACCAAUAGCUUCCAAUCAAGAAACUGAAGCUCCCAGUUUAGAUGCCGUUGACGCAACACCGUUCAACGAAAAUCUGUUCUUAGAUGAAGACUUGGACGGCCUGGACGACGAAUUGAAUGAACUAGAUUUAGAUGAUAAAUAACUUUAGUUCUUCAAUUUUACUAUUUGGUUUAUGAAAAAUAUAUUGAAAAUUUGAGCUGAGC